GGUCAGGAAUCUGGGGCCAAAAAAAAAAAAAAAAAAAAGAAAAAGAAAAAGAAUUUGGUGUGACAGCUUGUCUUUCUUUUUUCGAUUCGCCUUGCAGGAAGAUGUCGUAGUUACAAAUUUUAAAAAUGAUAACGAUAGUUUAGGCUGGGAGUUUUGCUAAAAAUGGUAUGUGUGAGUUUAUUCGUGCGAGAUCAAUUCGUCCACUUUUCGAUGGUGUUGUGAAUUUAUGAUUCCUUGUUACAGUUUUAGGAUAAAGUUCUACCACGCGGCGGGUGGGUGUCGGCCAUCACGAUUUGAAACUCCUGCUUCAACUUCAUCUUCUGCAGCAAUAGUUCAUGAAUCUUCGCUCUUCGAGUGUUCCAGUGACAAGAAUGUAGCCAAAUGGAACGUUAAGUUCAACGGCACCACGGAUCCUCGCUCAUUCAUUGAACGGAUAGAAGAGUUACAGGGUUGCUACGGGGUUUCGGAUGCCAAACUGUUCAGGUCUGCAGCACAGUUAUUUAGUGAUCAAGCUCUCAUUUGGUUCCGAGGAUUAAAACAUCAGCUCCGCUGAACAAGCUUACCAGCAAAGGAAAAAACGCGCCGAAGUUCCAGUGGACCGACGCCGCAGAGGAAGCCUUCACGGUGCUGAAAAAUGCGUUAGUCUCUGCUCCUGUCCUAGCCGUUCCAGACUUUGAAAAGCCUUUCAUCGUGCAUUGCGACGCAUCGUCGUACGGUUUAGGAGGUAUGCUGUCUCAGAAUAUCGAUGGUCAUGAACAUCCGAUUGCAUACGUAAGUAGGUCCUUGAA